AUGCUGGUAUCUGCGUCGGCAAGGGCCCCUUCCAGCACGGGCCUGAGGGGUGACAAGUUGACGCCCCUUUCGUCAUCACGUCUUGGUACAUACGCUGUGUCACCUGGUCUACUGGAAGGGACGCCCGGGGAAGCCGUACGUCACUGCUCUGCGCCGGAAGACCCUAUUAUCCGGUUAUCUUCCCUCUACCUCUACCUCUUCCCCGGUAUCAUAAAAUCCCGGGAUAUGAGCCGGAAGAGGCAUCGCCUGGUCUCGGAGACCAGUGGACUUAAGAGGCGGCAGAAACGAGGGCCUGUGGAAUCGGAUCCUCUGCGGGGAGAGCGAGGGUCGGCGCGCGCGGCUGUCUCAGAGCUCAUGCAGCUGUUCCCGCGAGGCCUGUUUGAGGACGCGCUGCCGCCCAUCGUGCUGAGAAGCCAGGUGUACAGCCUAGUGCCUGACAGGACCGUGGCCGACCGGCAGCUGAAGGAGCUUCAAGAGCAGGGGGAGAUCAGAAUCGUCCAGCUGGGCUUCGACUUGGAUGCCCAUGGAAUUAUCUUCACUGAGGACUACAGGACCAGAGUCCUCAAGGCCUGUGAUGGCCGACCGUAUGCUGGGGCAGUGCAGAAAUUUCUAGCUUCAGUACUUCCGGCCUGUGGGGACCUUAGUUUCCAGCAGGACCAAAUGACACAGACCUUUGGCUUCAGGGACUCAGAAAUCACGCAUCUGGUGAAUGCUGGAGUCCUCACCGUCCGAGAUGCUGGGAGCUGGUGGCUAGCUGUGCCUGGAGCUGGGAGAUUCAUCAAGUACUUUGUUAAAGGGCGCCAGGCUGUCCUCGGCAUGGUCCGGAAGGCCAAGUACCGGGAGCUGCUCCUAUCAGAGCUCCUGGGCCGGCGCACGCCUGCCAUGGUGCGGCUUGGCCUCACCUACCAUGUGCACGACCUCAUUGGGGCCCAGCUAGUGGACUGCAUUUCUACCACUUCUGGAACCCUCCUCCGCCUGCCAGAGACAUGAAGAUUCUGCUUAUCACUGCUCAGCUCCUCAGAGUGGGCCGGGAGGGGACUGGAAGAGCUGCAUGAUGGUGGCUGAGACAGGGUCACCUUGGGAAGGCUUGGGAGCCAGGAUGAAUGUUGGGCUCUUGUCUGUGUAAAGGGUCAGAUGUGACUGCUGCUGUUUGCCUGGGCUCCGACCCAGUGGUGGGGCUUGAGCAAUGCUUCUCUGCCCUUCCAUGGAAAGCGGAACCAGAAAUGGUGCCGAGGCUGUGGCUGUUCCCUUUCAUGUAAAAUGGUGCUGUUAUUACUCUGUCUUGAAAUAGAAAGUUGGGAUUUCUGGGGAGGUGAAGGAGGGCAGGGUUCUUUUCCCUACAUGUCAUGCUAAAAUUGCCAAAUAAAGUACCUCUGCUGUGA